UGGAGGCGGGGCAGUGGAGCGAUGGCUGCGCCCUGAGCCGGCGGGUUCUUGCGGUGCCUGGUUUGUGGGAGCUGCUGGCUGUAGAGUAAGAGAAGCUGCCUCUAGCUGGAGACCCCCGGCUCUCUCCACCCAGGCGCCAUGGUGACUGAGGAGGAAGUGGAGGCCAUCGGCCAGACACUGGUGGACACAAUGCAGCCCCUGAAGGCUCGUUUCCGAGCCCUCUUCACCCUGCGCAACGUGGGCGGCCAUGCCGCCAUCGACUGGAUCAGCCGGGCGUUCGGGGAUGAGUCUGCCCUUCUGAAACACGAGCUGGCGUACUGCCUGGGGCAGAUGCAGGAUGAGCGUGCCAUCCCCUGCCUGGUCCGGGUACUGCAGGACACCAGCCAGGAGCCCAUGGUGCGCCAUGAAGCAGGGGAAGCUUUGGGAGCGAUUGGGAACCCCCAGGUGCUGGAUGUUCUGAGACGUUAUUCGGAAGACCCGGUGAUCGAGGUAGCCGAGACCUGCCAGCUGGCAGUCAAGAGGCUCGAAUGGCUGCAGAAGAACAAGGAAGCACCUGGCGCCGGCCCCUACCUGUCUGUGGACCCGGCUCCCCCUGACGAGGAGAAGGACGUCGCCAAGCUGCGGGAGACCCUGCUGGAUGAGUCGCGCCCGCUGUUCGAUCGGUACCGCGCCAUGUUCGCCCUGAGGAACGUGGGGGGCGAGGCCGCGGCGCUGGCGCUGGCUGACGGCCUGGUGUGCGGCAGCGCCCUCUUCCGCCAUGAGAUUGGCUUCGUCCUAGGCCAGAUGCAGCAUGAGGCCUGCGUGCCCCAGCUGACGGCGGCACUGGAGAGCGUGGCGGAGAACCCCAUGGUGCGGCACGAGUGUGCGGAGGCGCUGGGCUCCAUCGCCAAGGCGUCGUGCCUGGAGACGCUGCGGGCGUUCGCCCAGGAUGGGGAGCGGGUGGUGAGGGAGAGCUGCGAGGUGGCCCUGGACAUGUACGACUACGCCAACGGCCCCGAAUUCCAGUAUGCCGACGGGCUGAGCAAGCUGCAGGCCUCAGGCUGAGCAGGGAGCCUGCCCCGGCCUCUGCGGGGAGCUGGGUGGCUGCUGGAGGCAGCCCCAAGGUAGGGGAGCCAGGGCCGGAUUCACCCCUGCCCUGCACAACUGCUUGCACCAGGGCAGAGUGGGUGGGAAGCCGGAUCUGCAUAGUCCUGUGUGCUCUGUGUCCCGUGGGGGUGGCAGCACGCCUCUAGCGCUAGCUUGUUUCUUUGAGUCCCCGGGAUGGGCCAGCACCCUAGAUCCAGCCCCUGUGAGGUUGGGGGUCAGGCUCCGUGCUGGGGUCCCAGGGCAGAGGUUUCAAACAGCUGCUCUGCUGACUGGCUGAACUGCUGGAUCCUGACCCAGCAGCUCUCUGGGGGGGAGCCUGCCGGGGAUCCAGGGUCUGAGCCCGUCGGGAGAGCAGGGCUCGUCUCUCAAGUCACGGGCUGUGGGUGGACACAAGGUUCUGUCACUUAGCUGCUCGGACUGUGCCCACAGGGGCUCCCUCGUCCACGUCUGUGCUCCAGCUUCACUGCUGCUGCGGGGCCUAAUGCGUUGGGCAAAGCCCUGCGCUGUGCCGUGGGCAGGCGUUUCAGGAGGCGACGCGCUGCUCAACGCGGCCGGGUGGUGCCUCGUGGCGGGGGCUGCAGCAGCCCAGCGGAGCCUGCGCCUCGCACCAGGAGCAAACACCAGCCAAAGCCUCUGCCCGUUCGCCCACAGCACCGUUGGCAGAGCCUCUGUCCCAGGGGUGCGGCUCAGACAGCUGGAGAGCACCUGGGUUUUCAACCUGUCCCCGGGUCUUUGCAGGCCUGGCUUUGUACUCCCAGUGACGCGUGCUGUCCGGGGGUGGCUGCUGUGCAGUGAGGCUGGGUGCCCGCUCUGAAAAUCUACCCUUCGAUUUCCCUCUUGCCCGGGC